GAACCAGAAACAUAGAACUAACUGACAUACUGACGGACAACGAGGCAUAACUGUGGAAACGGGCAGACUGCCGCCCAAGGACACUCACUGACCCACGGAGACGGACAGACAGACAGUCUGAUGCCAACUGUCUCCCCUGUCAAUCUCACGGCACAACUCCUCCUGCUGUUGCUAUGGGCAACCCACCCGACCAUGGCAACCAACUGGCUCUCCCUGGCAAGGAUGCCGCGCUCACGGCCCGUGUCGGGUGCUGCCCUCUGUGGGCGGCUGAGGGGACUGUCCGUGGGGCAGGUGGGGGUGUGCAGGGCGCGGGGAGAGGUCAUGGAGUCUGUGCGCAAGGCAGCCGAGAUGGUCAUAGAGGAGUGCCAGCACCAGUUUCGUAAUCGACGUUGGAACUGCUCCACCACCCCACGUGGAGUCAACGUGUUUGGUAGAGUCAUGAGCCAAGGCACGCGUGAGGCAGCCUUUGUGCACGCCCUGUCCUCGGCGGCGGUGGCGGUUGCAGUGACGCGAGGCUGCAGCCGGGGGGAGCUAGAGCGGUGUGGCUGCGACAGGAAGGUCAGAGGGGUCAGUCCCGAGGGUUUCCAGUGGUCUGGGUGCAGUGAUAACCUGUCAUAUGGUGUGGCCUUCUCCCAGACCUUUGUGGAUGAGACGGAGCGUGCCAAGGGGAUGUCGGCAGGGAGACCCCUCAUGAAUGUCCAUAACAACGAGGCUGGACGGAAGGCUAUUCUCCAUAACAUGCAGGUGGAGUGUAAGUGUCACGGUGUCUCGGGAUCCUGUGAGCUGAGGACCUGCUGGAAAGUCAUGCCCCCAUUUCGGCGCGUCGGCGCCGUGCUGAAGGAACGCUUUGAUGGAGCCACAGAGGUGCGUCUGUCCCGUAUCGGCUCCAGGACAGCCCUGCUGCCCCGGGACCCCCAGGUCAAACCUACCGCCGCCAGGGACCUGGUGUACCUUGCUGUCUCGCCAGACUUCUGCCGUCUCGACCCCGACAAUGGGAUCCCCGGGACAGCCGGCCGACGCUGUAACGGCACCUCCCGGCUGGCCCCAGAUGGCUGUGAGCUGGUGUGUUGUGGGCCAGGGUACCGGGCAGGCCGGGCUGAGAUGGUGCAGCGCUGCUCUUGUAAGUUCUCCUGGUGCUGCUCGGUCCGCUGCCAGCAGUGCAAGAACACAGUGAUGAUCCACACCUGCCGAGAAUGAACCCAGAGCACUGAGCAGACACGCAAGAACCUUACGCCUGGCCAGACACUCUAGAACACUACCCAGACACAACACUGUCCAGACACUCUAGAACACAACAGUACCCAGACACUCUAGAACACAACACUACCCAGACACUCUAGAACACAACACUACCCAGACAUUCUGGAACACUGCAAUGACCAGACCAGUGGAGGCUGCUGAGGGGAGGACGGUUCAUAAUAAUGGCUGGACCAAAGUAAAUGGAAUGGCAUGUGUUUGAUGUAUUUUAUACUAGUCCACUAAUUACGCUCCAGCCAUUACCACGAGCCUGUCCUCCCCAAUUCAGGUGCCACCAACCUCCUGUGGACCAGACACUCUAGAAUCAGGGUUCCCAACCUAGGAGGCGCCAAUGUUUCUUUUGGGGGGGGGGGGGGGACCUCCCUUGACAUAAGGGGUAUUUUUAUUUUUAUUGUUUACACCUAAAACAACUCAUAAAUCUUUGAUGCUUUAGGCUAGAAACAAGGGGUAAAAUUCCCAAGGAAGAUGCAACUCUGGGAAUAUCUUUGGUUUGUCUCUAUGACAUUCAGAAACUGAGUUAUGACCUAAAGUCAAGGAGUCAAAGAAAUUGGACUUUGCUUGGGAAGUAAUCUUAUACAAUGUGUGACUCUGUUGCUAUCAAUUGAUCUAUUCACUUUCUGUAAAUGAGAAUAGCUAUAAUUAAAUUGAGGGUCAUAUACAUUUAAAAAAAACAUAUUUGGUAGCGGAAUAACAUUUUGGGAAAUCGGGUCAAGACUUUAUUUUCCUUAUGCAUUAUUAUUCUAACCAUUAAAAGAGCCUACCUAAAAUCCUAGGUCCCUGAAAUUAAACAAAGUUACAUUUUUCAAAUGUGAAAAGUGGGGCCCUGGGGGAAAAGGUUGUAUAACACUGUCCAGACAUUGUUUGGGCUGGCAGCAUAGCCUAGUGGUUAGAGCAUUGGACUAGUACCCGGAAGGUUCCAAGUUCAAAUCGCCGAGCUGACAAGGUACAAAUCUUUUGUUCUGCCCCUGAACACGGCAGAACUUUGUUCCUAGGCUGUCAUUGAAAAAAAUAAUUUGUUCUUAACUGACUUUCCUAGUUAAAUUUUUUUUUAAAUUAUAGAACACUGAUGACAUGUUCUACAAAGUUGACCUGACUCUGGCCGUGUGGAUAGUACAAGCCAGUGCAUUAUGAGAGUGAGGACCUACGCAUGACAGAAACCUCUGCAAGGGAAGGGUGGAAUGGCCUCUCCCAUUACCUCUAAUGCCAGAAAGUAGAGAGAUACUAACAAGCAUUACAUUUUACAUUUAAGUCAUUUAGCAGACGCUCUUAUCCAGAGCGACUUACAAAUUGAGCAUGGAGAAAAAAAGCAUGGAGAAAGGAAACUCGCUGCAUAGAGCAAUAUUAACACUACCAUUGAACAUAUUACACGCAUGAUGUACUCUUUCAACCUAGACGGAUGAUGCAGCAUUGCAAGUCAGCAACCUACGCUGUGUAGGUGAUUGUCUAGAUCAUAAUGGCACACAGCCUACAGCGAGCACACACACAAUUAACUUAAACUGACAAAGCACUUAAAGCCGAAAUUAACCUCAACUAACAGGGAAAUUAUUACAGCCCUUUUCUUAAAUCGGUUUGAUUUCAGUGUAGUAGGUAGUUGCAGUCUUUAUACAUUUACUGUAUUUAUGAGUCUUUUGCCACUAUUAUUUUAUUUAUUUGUGCAUCAAUCAUCCUGUGGCCCCUCCUACCCCUCAGAAUCCACCAGUAAGGAAACCUGUCCCUUCCGCCCAGUCCAUCUACAUCCAUGUUGCUUUAGUCCAACGCUUCUGUGAAACAAUUGUGAUGCAUGUUGCUACAGUGUUCUGCAGUCAACUUGAUCAAAUAAACUUGUUUUGACGACAGUGUCUUCUAUGAUGUGUGCUGUAUAGGUCACGUGAAACAUAUAUGGAAAAAUAAGAAUUACACACU